GCAGGAGGAAAUUAUCUAUGAGACUAGGGCAUUUCUCUGUUGACAAGAAUUUUGUGAUCAUUUAUCAAUACUUCUGUAUUGUGAGCUUAUCUGGAUACACACAAAUUUAUGUUUCCAUGUAAGAUAUUACACAAGUGGACGUCAUCGAUGCAGGUACACAGUGCGUGAGAGAGGAUAAUCAUUACACACUCGCUACCAAAGUCUCUUGUGAAAUGGAAGUUAGGAACUUGACUGGCCUGCUAAUUUCUUUGUAAGGGACAUAAUACUAGCUGAAAGUAAUUGACAUUGAUGUUUUGAUAAUUUUCGUAAAGUGUCAACAUUUUUUCUGGAAGUAUUCAUUUUCUGGAAUAUUAACGAUAAAAUGUGGUGAAAUAUUUUGAAAUUGACACUUACAAGCAGAACAGAGUGGGUGAAAGGGCUAGCUUGGACUGUAGAAAGAGAGUGAAAUGCGGUGAAGCAUGAAGUGAUGCAUCUUGCAGUGAAUCUGGACAGGAACAAGUGAGGGACUUCUAAAAAUGUCAGAUUCAGAGCAUACUAGUCUAAUGCCUGAAACACAGGGGACCGGUGGUGGCCAAGGGGGAACGAGUAGAAAGAAGCCACCACCUCCAGACUGGGGAAAGUAUGGACUUAGCCAGGAACCAGCAAAAGCUCCUUACAGUGCCAGUGUAGAUACUGGAGGAGAAGCUGGGUACCAGCAUGCAGACGUUGGAAAUAAAAAUGAACUUUUCCAGGAAGAUCAGAAUCUCAUACAGAAAAUGUGGUGGAAGGCCAACUUUUUCAUCAGUGAGCCAGUGUUGUUUGGUACCUGGGACGGGGUGUUUACCUCGUGUAUGAUCAAUUUGCUGGGUGUGGUAAUCUUCCUUAGGAUGGGCUGGAUUGUGGGGAAUGCUGGGAUUGUUCUCACUAUACUGACUAUCAUACUUGCCGUGCUUGUAGUACUUAUAGUAGCACUCAGUGGUAUAGGUGUUUGUGAGAGGUGUAAAGUGGAGAGUGGAGGGGUGUAUUUUCUUAUAUCUCAUGUCCUAGGGUCCAGAAUUGGUGGCAGUGUUGGAGUAGUCUACUGUUUUGCUCAGGCUGUGACAUGCUCUCUGUCAGUUAUGGGUUUUGGUGAAUCAAUAAUGGGGCUGACAGGCAUUAACAAUCCUUGGAUCGCCAAAGGCGUUGCUAUUGCCCUUGUUAUUCUUCUUUUAG